AUGGCUACCACCGUCAAUCCUCGGAUCCGCGUGCGCGAGGCCACACCGGCCGAUGCCGAGGCCAUCACUGACAUCCACUUUGGGGCCUUUGACGACAACAUCAUGAACCGCCUGAUGUACCCCAACGGUGUAUCCGAAGAUUCCAAGAAGAAGUUCCGCACCCGACUCUUCCCGUCCAACUCCCCUCAGGUCGAUGGUGAGAGCGACGCUGCGCGACAGCCCCAAACUCUGCUCUGGGUCGCCGAGUAUUUCCCGGAAGACGCCGCUGCCGCUGACAAGCCUGGCGAGAUAGUUGCCUAUUCCAAGUGGCAGCUCAACCGGGUACAGCAAACAGAGGAAGAAUGGAAAAAGGACUCUCCCGCGACUGCAGAGGUAUGGGGUGAGGGCUGUGACCUUGCUGUCGUUGACGCCUUCAUCGGCGCCAUGAACAGGAAACAGCGCGAGCACGCCAAAGGCGAGCCUGCAUUGCUUUUGGGACUCCUCGCCUGCAAGCCGGGUCGCCAGCGGCUGGGCGCAGGAUCAGCCCUUCUGAGGCGGGGCAUUGAGCUCGCCGACCGCCUGGGUCUUCCGUGCCGCUUGGAGGCCACCCCUGUUGGUUAUUAUCUCUAUAGGAAAUAUGGCUUUGAAGAUGUUGAUGUUUUGGACGUCAACGUUACGGAGAGAUGGGGAGUCGUCAAGGAAGAUGGCAGUUAUUGGGGGGCUGACAACGCCGUGGCUAUCGCCGGACGGGCCCCGGAAGGGGUAAUGCGGACCGUUAUUAUGAGGAGGCCGGCUAGGCAGCCCGAGUCGGCAGCAUAA